UGGCAUUGAUCUAGUACUCACAGCGCAGAGACAAGUGUGAGGUAGCGCUCGUAGGAUUCACAGCAGACAUCAUCUCUUAGCGGCGAGCGGCUGCGCGCACGCUGGAGUCGCCCGGAGCCUGUGCGCCGAGGUGACCCAUCAGGCACAUCCUCCAUGGAGAGCAGCACGCCAAGUCAAGAAGAGAAGUGGGAGGGGUUAAGGGUGCGAUGCCCGCCGCUGGAUGCGCUGGUAACUAUGCAGUUGAGGAAUGUUCGUAGAGCCCAGAUAGAAAGCAACCACCGCUCGUUUUUUGCCGGCCCGUUUGAUGCGCUACUCGUGGGCACCUGCGGUGUGCAGGCGUGGUCGGCGCCGCUCGUGCGACUGCUGAGCGCUGAUGCCCGCAAAGUUGUGGAGUCGUUCCUACGGCCGCGGAUCACGGAGCGCGCGGCCACCGUGCUGCGGAACGCCGCAGAGAAGUUCCUGACGGGAGUUUUUAACUCGGCUUUGAUGGUCGCAUGUGACUGCCGCAAUGCGACGGUCGUGUGGCCGUGCGACAUCGAGGACGCGAUCAAGAUAUGUGGUUUUGAUAGAGUUGCGGGGACGGGCCGACCGCAAGCGGGCUGCGCCUGCGCCGGGCUGGUUUCGGCGUCGACGGCAUCGACGCAUCCCGCGCCGCCCGAUGUUACGAAUUCGGAAGAGGCGCAGACGGCGCCCGCGGUCGUGUGGCGCCGCCGACCGAUGACGUGGUGCGAGGCGGCUCCGCUCGACGGUUCGUCGCCGCAGUGCGCCAUCCGUCGAUCGAUGCGGUGGAUCGCGAGCCGCGCGGGCAUCACACACCUCGCGCCAGGCGCGCUCGACGCGGCGUCCUCGGCAUUGUGCGCUUUUCUAUCUACUGUCAUCGCGAAGGCCCGCGGCGUCGGGCACCCGUUGCUGCGUGAAGCCGCGGAGUCCGAUUUGAGAGUUGAACGGCUCGUGGCCCUCGUCCACACGUCUUGCGCGGCGCCGCUUUCCUCUGACGACGAGAGCGAGGCCGAGUCCGACGAGAGCGAGCGGGAACCUUGGAUGACGGAUGACUCAGAUUCGGAUGCGUCGGACAUACGUUACGCGUGGGAGCAUACGCUACGGACGCGCUGGACUGAAGCGCCGGGAUACGAACUGACGGAGAGCGUGGUACUUCGCGCGCUCGCGGGACUUGAUUACGCUGUUUUCAGCGACCGUCAGCCUCUCAGCGACAUGGCCGCCGACUACUACAAGCGGUGUUCCCGGGACGUGCUGGGUAUGCUGCGUGACGGGGUCCUUGAUAUGGAGCAGUUUGCGACGGACCGGGGCGAAGGAGAAGGCAUCGACGACCGCUACUUCGGGCUCCGGCUGACGAAGUCUGCUACGCAAGGGCCUCAGGAUCCCGUCCCCGAGCGGUGGUGCGGCGCGGUCGGGUGCCCCUGCCCAAGUUGCGGUAGAGAGUGCCUACUCUGGCUCGUCACGUAUGCAGGGAGAGCCGAAGUGAUCUCAGUGCAGCCCGUGGUCGACCUGGACGCGGUCCGCGUCGCAGAGAGGCACGCAGGGGAACGCUGGACGGGCUGCGUUUAUGUUGACCGCGAUCCGCCUGCCGCGCCUUCGAAGCUCUCGACCGUGCUCCCGGCGCGCCAGCGCCCCCUGCGCCAGGGGAUGGGCGGCGCUGAUCUCACGGCACGGGCCCAAAGGACUUUGACGGAGACUGCCGCGCGCCGCGCGGGAUUUACACACUGGGCCCCGGAAGUCGAAGGCCUCGUCGGCGAGCUCGUCAAGAAGUGGGGCGUGGAGAUCGCAGUGCUAGCGAGAGGUUUUCAUCUGCACGAGACAUCCAACCGCGAACCGCGGACGAUCGUUUACCGUCAAGUUGCUGAGGACUCCAUAGGCACAGACGAGUUACUUAUGGAGGAGGUCCAGCGCGAAAUUUCGGUCGCGGCGUAUUCCGGUCCGCUCACCUUCUCCAACGUCGCGCGCGCGGUUGUUACGUUGCUGGAAAGGACGCAGAAACGGUUGCCAGUGUUGUAUGUGCGACCGUUCGACGCUGCCGCGGACGCGGCCGCGGCGUUGCGCGCCGCGCUGCCGUACGCUGAGCCUCUUCUCGGUCCCAACGAGAUGGGUGCUGUGAUUGAACUCGCCGAGGAAUUUGUGGGCCCGGUACUCCCAUACCCGCCAACAACAGUGACGUUCGAUACCGAAGCGAACGAACUCAUGUCACGCGUCUUCGCGCAUCGCCUCGCCUGGUUGUUUCAUCGGGCGCGACGCGUGUCGCCGCAGUUUGAUCUGCCGGGCGGCAGCCGUGGACCCGUCCUGGUCCCGCAUGUCCUGUCCGUCAUCGACUCAAGCGGCGACAAUUUGGCGGGGUUUGGUCCACUUGGUCCACGCACUGGGUAUCACUGAACGAACGACGAGUAAAUUUGAGUCAAGAAA